AUGGAGAACGCAUCGCCUAUCAAAAGCAACAAUCCUGCUCCUACAGUAGAGCAAAUCAACGCGGACAGGAUUACCCAGCUUGCGAAUAAAUACUGGGCACCACACACUACAAACACGCAUCUGGCGUUCAACUCGCAAGUAGUAGAUGACAUUUACGUGCAGGAAAUAUGUGCGUCCAAGUUUUCUGUCCGGAGGAUAAUGAUGCUAGAGUUCAGCCAGUACUUGGAGAAUUUUCUCUGGUCAAAUUACAAGGCGGAGAGUGCCACGCGGGAGCACACUAUGUCUAUCGUUGUCAUGGUGAAUGAAAAGUUUAGGGAGCGAGUGCAAGUAUGGGAGGCGUUCGAAAAGAAUCCGGCAGAGUUUGCCGGAUUUUUUCAAAAUGUUCUCGAAGCGUGCUUGGAAGAAAGUAUAAUGGACUUCAAUCUGAAGGAACAGACGGCGUUGAUAGUAUUCUUGAAUCAUUGCUUCAAUUCCAUGGAAGUAUCUUUGGUUCGAGAAGAAGCCAAAAGGCUGGUGUCACUAUCCAUGUGGAUCUCUUUGCAACAAGGCAGACGAGAACUCGAAUUCAGAAAGUAUCCAAAAUGGAGGAAAUAUUGGAAAAUUAUAAGGAAAAAAGAUAAUCUCGAGCAUAAAGAAAAACUCGAAUGGGAACGUAAAUUCUUGCACAAACUUAUGAUAAAAUUUAUGACGAUAUUAGAAACGAUUCCUGCAGAAGGACCUGUACUUCCGGACAAAGUGCGUUACUGCGAGAGAUUUUUGGAACUGGUCAUCGACCUCGAAGCUUUACUUCCUACCAGACGUUUCUUCAAUACUGUCAUGGAUGACAAUCAUCUGGUGGUGCGUUGCCAGUUAUCUAAUCUGCUGCAUCGUCCAGAGGGAAGUUUGUUCGGACAACUUUUAGAAAUGCUCAAGUUCUAUGCCCGUUUCGAGAUCAGCGAGGAGACUGGCAAUCCCUUGACGGAUCACGACAUGACGGAGUUGCAUUACACUAAAAUUACGUCUUUACAGAAUGCAGUUUUUGCGAAAUUUCCGGAUCUAAGAAGCUUCGCAUUGGCCAAUGUAGCCAGUGUCGACGUCAGAGAUGCUUUAUAUAAACAUUUUGGUUCACUCAGUCAAGAAAAAUUGAGAUCUAUCGCUAGUUACUUGAAUUUAGUACCGCCCACGGAGCGAGAAAAAGAUGAGAAUUGGUAUCGCCUGGAUAUAGACUUUUUACGUGAAUUGCUGAUAUCGCGACACGAGCGUAGGCCAUCGCAGCUUGAAGAGCUGAAUGAGAUGCCCCUUUAUCCGACCGAGGAUAUCAUAUGGAACGAGAGCAUCGUCCCGACUGAAUAUUUUUCUGGCGAGGGCUGUCUGGCUUUGCCAAAAUUGAACUUGCAGUUCCUUACGUUGCAUGAUUAUCUUCUACGAAACUUCAAUUUAUUCCGUUUAGAAUCUACAUACGAGAUACGACAAGACAUUGAGGAUGCCGUAAGCAGACUGAGUCCUUGGCGGGCAGAGGACGGUGGUGUCUACUUUGGUGGAUGGGCUAGAAUGGCACAACCUAUUACGCAAUUUGCGGUGGUCGAAGUGGCUAAACCUAAUGUCGGCGAGAACAGACCAUCAAGAGUUCGUGCCGAUGUGACCAUAAAUCUUAGCGUUCGUAAGGAAAUUAAAUCCGAAUGGGAAAAUCUUCGUAAGCACGACGUGUGCUUUCUUAUCACAGUUAAGCCGCCGAAUCCUAUCGGCACUAAAUACAGUCAUAAACUUCCCUUCGUGCCACAAGUGGGUCUAACGACGGUGCGAGGAUGCGAAGUCGAAGGUAUGCUCGACUCGAAUGGCAGAGUGAUAGAGGAUGGCCCUGAACCGAGGCCGAUUUUGCCGGGCGAUUCGCGCACUUAUAGAGUGUGGCUAGAUUGUAAUCAAUAUCGAAUCGAUAUGGACAACGCUAGUCAUGGUGGCGAAGACGUAUACGAGGGAUUUAAUAUCAUAAUGAGGCGUAAACCUAAGGAGAACAACUUCAAAGCUGUGUUAGAGACUAUAAGGGAGCUCAUGAAUACUGAAUGCGUUGUGCCCGAUUGGUUGCACGACAUAAUCCUCGGAUACGGCGAUCCAGGUGCAGCAUGCUAUUCUAGAAUGCCAGAUGAAAUUGCAACGAUAGACUUCAACGAUACGUUUCUCGAUAUCGAUCAUCUACGAGCCAGUUUUCCUCAGUACGAGAUCAAAACGAAUCCGGAGGACGAAGGAAAUCUGGUGCGGCCAUUCCAGUUAAUUUUCGAAGAUGUCCUUGCAAAGCACAACAAUGAUCCGAUGAAGAAGAUUAUUAUAGUUAAACCACACGUGCCGCCCAGUAGAGGGCCAUACAGAGCGAACGAACCGAAAAAAAAUCAGAUUCCCUUUACGCCAACGCAAGUCGAAGCUAUACGAGCUGGAAUGCAGCCAGGUCUGACGCUGGUCGUCGGUCCGCCUGGUACCGGCAAAACGGAUGUCGCUGUACAGAUUAUCUCGAAUCUAUAUCACAAUUUUCCCUAUCAAAGGACGCUGAUCGUAACACAUUCCAAUCAAGCGCUUAAUCAAUUGUUCGAGAAGAUAAUGGCUCUCGAUAUCGACGAACGGCAUCUGCUGCGUCUCGGUCACGGAGAGGAGGCUUUGGAGACGGAAAAGGAUUUCAGUCGCUACGGUAGAGUCAAUUACGUUCUUGCCAAACGUUUAGAUUUGCUCUUGGAAGUUCAAAGAUUACAGGAAUCUUUGAAUGUAAAAGGCGAUGUCGCGUAUACAUGCGAAACGGCGGGUUACUUCUUUAUGUAUCAAGUGUCCACGAGAUGGAACCGGUUUCAGGCCAGAGUCAAACAAAGACAGCACACAAGUGAGAAAUCUGAUUUAUCUUCCAUAAUUGAUGAGGAGUUCCCUUUCCACAAGUUCUUCGACAAUGCCCCGCAACCACUUUUCAAACGAAAUUCGUACGAGGAAGACCUCAAGAUUGCGUGCAGUUGUUUUAGAUACAUUGAGAGGAUAUUCACGCAAUUAGAUGAGUUUCGCGCUUUCGAAUUACUGCGAUCGGGUCUCGACAGAUCGAAAUAUUUACUCGUGAAGGAGGCCAAAGUAAUUGCUAUGACCUGUACGCAUGCAGCGCUUAAACGUCGUGAACUUGUCGACAUGGGUUUCAAAUACGACAAUAUCCUCAUGGAGGAGUCCGCGCAGAUUUUGGAAAUAGAAACUUUCAUACCAUUGUUAUUACAAAAUCCUCAAGAUGGAUAUAAUCGUCUAAAACGUUGGAUAAUGAUCGGGGAUCAUCAUCAACUGCCACCGGUCAUCAAGAACAUGGCCUUUCAGAAAUACUCGAAUAUGGAACAAUCACUAUUCGCGAGAUUCGUAAGAUUGGGCGUACCCACCGUCGAUCUCGACGGCCAAGGUCGCGCCAGACCUAGCAUUUGUAAUCUCUACAAUUGGAGGUAUAAGAAACUGGGUAAUUUGGCGCACGUAGAACGAAGUCCUGAAUAUCUGGUAGCAAACGCCGGUUUCCUAUACGAUUUCCAACUAGUGAACGUCGAAGACUUCAACGGCGUUGGCGAGAGUGAGCCUAGUGCCUACUUCUAUCAGAAUCUCGCUGAAGCCGAAUAUUGCGUCGCGGUGUUCAUGUACAUGCGCCUGCUAGGGUAUCCGGCGGACAAGAUCAGUAUCCUGACUACGUAUAACGGACAGAAGCAUCUAAUAAGGGAUGUAAUAAACAUUCGGUGCGCAAACAAUCCUCUGAUAGGCCGGCCGAAUAAAGUAACAACUGUCGACAAGUACCAGGGUCAGCAAAACGAUUAUAUUUUGCUCUCUCUGGUUAAGACGCGCGCAGUUGGUCAUCUGAGGGACGCUAGGCGUUUAGUAGUAGCAAUGUCUCGUGCUCGUCUCGGUCUCUAUGUCUUCGCUCGCGUAUCCCUCUUCAAGAACUGUUUCGAAUUGACACCAGCGUUCAACCAAUUGAUGCAGAGACCGUUGAAACUACAAUUAUUGCCACAGGAACUCUAUCCCACCGAGCGACCGAACGAUGCUGUGUCCUCAACUGUCCCGAUGGAAAUCGAGGAUAUGCCGCAUAUGGCUAAGUUUGUUUACGAUUAUUACAUGGAGAAAGUCAGCGGAAUGAAGGAGUCGCAAAAGAUGUGGCAGAAACCGGGAAUCAUGCAGACAAUGGGCAGUCCGACGCAUAAGGUUUCCGUUCAUCCAGGUGCCGAUGAUGAUACUGACGACGAAGAGGAACUCAAUCAAGAUAUCUCUGAAAUGAAAUCCAAGGAAGAAUCCAAAGAAGAAUCUAAGGAAGAAAUGGCGGGAAAUAAAUACGAACCUAUAAAGAAUUUGGUCGAAGAUCCUCCAAGCGAGGCCGAAGACGACCGUUAAGUGGCUCUAUGUAUCUAUGCACAAGAUUGAUACAAGAGACAUUAGGAAAUUGGCAUUUCGGAAGUAGAAUAACCAAUUUUAUAGCAUGGAAAUAAGACAGCUAUUCGCGCCAAGUUCCAAGCUAUUGUAAACGACAUUUGUUAAUAAUCAAUUCAUCGAUAUCAUUAUACUUAGCAAGAAUAGGUAUUU